GUUAAAAGUCAAUUCAUUCCUUUUUUUAUUUCACAAAAGAUUAUGUAUUCUUUCAAAAAAUUUUCAGUAACAUCAAAAACUUUCUUCUCAAUGUCCAGCAAAUCACCAUCGGGAAAUACUCCUCCAAAAGAAGAAGUAAAAGAAAAGGAAUCAGAACAAGCAAUGGAUACAAGUGAAUUAGCCUCAGCUCUGCCAAAAUUGGGAGAAGAGGAAAAGGAAAAGCAAGCUUUAGCUGAACGUAAAGAGCCUACAGAAGAAGAUUUUGCUCGUUAUAAUGGUUAUAUUGGACAGAAAUGGACAGGGAUAUGUAAAUGGUUUAAUGUAACAAAAGGAUUUGGAUUUAUUUUGCCUGACUUUGAGGAGGCUAAAGAACAUGGAGAUGAUAUUUUUGUUCAUCAAUCUUCAUUGCAAAUGCCCGGCUUUCGUUCACUUGAUGAAGGUGAAGCUGUAGAAUUUAAUGUUCGUUUGGGUAAACGUGGAUUGGAGGCUGAAAAUGUUACGGGAUUGAAUGGAGUGGCGAUACGUGGACAUCGAAUUCAUCCUUUAGGGAAGAGGAAAGAAAAGGAAAUUAGGUGCUACAAAUGUGGUCAAUUUGGCCAUCACAAAGCAGCAAAAUGUAAAAGAAUGCAAGAUAAUGUCAAAGUUUGUUAUAUUUGUUUCUCAAAUAAGCAUUUAAUUGCUGACUGUCCAAAACGUACUGGACAAGGAACGCAACCAUCAACAGGUGGUGGUGGUGGGAGAGGAAGACCUGGGCCUUCUAUUGAAGGUUAA